GCAGGCAACGGGUCCAUGACGCUGGCGGGACCUGGGGGCCACCGGCCAGCCCAGAUGAGCUGGAUCCCUGGGGACCAUCCGGGGCCGUGAGCGCACAGAGGGAGCUUCCCAGGCCCCUGCCGGGCUGCCCCCAAGAUGCCCACCAACGGCCUACACCAGGUGCUGAAGAUCCAGUUCGGCCUGGUCAACGACACCGACCGCUACCUGACGGCUGAGAGCUUCGGCUUCAAGGUCAACGCCUCGGCGCCCAGCCUCAAGAGGAAGCAGAUGUGGGUGCUGGAGCCCGACCCCGGCCGGGGCACGGCCGUGCUGUUCCGCAGCAGCCACCUGGGCCGCUACCUGUCGGCCGAGGAGGACGGGCGGGUGGCCUGCGAGGCGGAGCUGCCGGGCCCCGACUGCCGCUUCCUGGUCCUGCCGCAGCCCGACGGGCGCUGGGUGCUGCAGUCGGAGCCCCACGGCCGCUUCUUCGGGGGCACCGAGGACCGGCUGUCCUGCUUCGCCACGGCCAUCUCCCCGGCCGAGCUGUGGACGGUGCACCUGGCCAUCCACCCGCAGGCCCACCUGCUGAGCGUGAGCCGGCGGCGCUACGCCCACCUGUGCCCGCAGGAGGACGAGAUCGCCACCGACAGCAACGCGCCGUGGGGCGUGGACGCCCUCAUCACCCUCAUCUUCCAGAACCGCCAGUACUGCCUCCGGUCCUGCGACAGCCGCUAUCUGCGCAACGACGGCCGGCUGGUCUGGGAGCCCGAGGCCCGUGCCCGCUACACGCUGGAGUUCAAGGCGGGCAAGCUGGCCUUCAAGGACUGCGACGGCCGCUACCUGGCGCCCGUGGGGCCCACCGGCACGCUCCGGGCUGGACGCAACACGCGGCCCGGCAAAGACGAGCUGUUCGACCUGGAGGAGAGCCACCCGCAGGUGGUGCUGGUGGCCGCCAACCACCGCUACGUGUCCGUGCGGCAAGGGGUCAACGUCUCAGCCAACCAAGACGAAGAGCUGGAUCAUGAGACCUUCCUGAUGCAAAUUGACCGGGAGACAAAGAAGUGCACCUUCUAUUCCAGCACUGGGGGCUACUGGACCCUGGUCACCCAUGGGGGCAUCCAGGCCACAGCCACACAAGUCUCGGCCAGCACCAUGUUUGAGAUGGAGUGGCGGGGCCGGCGGGUGGCCCUCAAAGCCAGUAACGGGCGCUACGUGUGCAUGAAGAAAAACGGGCAGCUGGCGGCCAUCAGCGACUUCGUGGGCCAGGACGAGGAGUUCACCCUCAAGCUCAUCAACCGGCCCAUCCUGGUGCUGCGCGGCCUGGACGGCUUCGUGUGCCACCGCCGGGGCUCCAACCAGCUGGACACCAACCGCUCGGUCUACGACGUCUUCCACCUGAGCUUCAGCGACGGCGCCUAUCAGAUCCGAGGUGGUUCCCUGACCAGGCGGGUCUGUGUCUUCACCAGCUUACACUACGCGUCCCAGCCGGGUUGA